AUACUUGACGCUGGCUAAUGCACAAACCGUGUUAGAGCAAAAAAAAAAUCAAAUUGAAUAAUUCGUUUCACCGUUCACGACUCACGUUUGUGGAUUGGAGAAUGGAGAGUGCUCAAUUUACAAGCGAACCGAAGAUUCAUGCUUUUUCCAUUGCAGGCUGCAAUUUGCAAAGUUCAAACUGCAACAAAUAUGAUCCGUGAAAUAAUAUUCGUGUUACUUGCGAUAAUCACUGCUUCGAGUAUGUGGUCAUUAUUGAGCAAUGUUUUUCAUAUGGCAUUUAUCGAUAACAUGCUGUUAGAUACAGUUAUUGGGGUUGUGGGUGCUGGUAACUUCUCCUAUUGGCAACUGGGGCAUAGUGGGCCUCUACGAGUUGAAUUAACUUCUCUCAGUGGGGAUGCUGAUCUUUAUGUAGCUGAUAAUUUAAGACCAAGCUAUGAAUUUGGUAAACAUAACUUCAGCUCUAUAAGCUUUGGUGUUGAUAUUGUCAAAAUUCCUGCAGAUUUCCCAAGACCCAUUGGUAUAGGUGUAUAUGGACAUGGAGCCCACCCAGUAUCAACAUACAGCAUCAAUGUUUUUCAAGAAGAUGGAGAUGCCAAUGUGAUAAGAUUUAAUAAUGUCAAAAUGGAAUCAAUGGUUACUAAACCAAAAGGAAAAAUUACAUCAACAAGAGUUGAAGAAAAACCACGCUUUUUUAAAUUUCUAAAUUUUUUAGAUGUGGUUUUUGAUACAUUUGUAUUGUGAAGGUGCCAUCUUUAAUUCAAAUGUGAGGCAAAUAGAAUUUUGGUCAUAGGUGUUGCCAGACCAUAUAAUUGGAUGCAAAUUGUGUAUAACAAUCCAAGGUGGCUAUGUAUUUGGGGUCAUAUACCAUAGACAAAAGUAUUCAAAUAGAAAAUAAUAUAUUAUUUGUUAUAGAAUCAUUCUCUAUAGAUUUAUAUAUGUUGUGGAUGAGAAUUGAAAUAUAUGAAAUGUUCCCUAUCUAUGUUGAUUUUGUUUGUUAAAUGUUUUGUACGGUAUAAUAUUUGUCACACCUGAGUAAUAAAAAUUAUUCAUCCAUUAAAAAUGUACCUUAAUUAAUAUAUAUUAUUUAUGUAACAAAUAUAAUAUCAUUUUAAUUAAAUUAAUUUAAUAUAGUUUUGUCAUUGUGAGAAUCUAGUCUGAAUUUGAGUUUAAAUAAAAGUUUAUCACAUA